ACACUCACUGUGUAUUUUCGUAUCAGCGGCUCUGGAAGUUUUGGUGUUGAAUGAGCUGCGGGGACUUUUCCGCCGCUCGGUGCUGAGCGGACUGACUGACGCCCCUCGUGCCUGCCCCGGUCGGGUAAAAGGCGCAUGUGUGUUGUUGCUGUGAUGUGAGUUGAGCCGCAUCCAGACGCACUGGCCGCCGCUGGCUGAUGCCCCCCCCCCCCUCAUCUUGGUGGUGUUGUGCGCAAAAUCUCCAGCGCCGGACGGACGGACGCAGUUUGACGGUACAAACGAGCGGCUCUGUGGGGGGAUAUCCAAGAAAAAGCCAUCCAAAGCAGACAUGGAUAUUUAACGGGCAUUUGGUCUUUUUUAUCUCUUUGUUUUUUUUUUACCCAGUGAUGCUGCUUUUGCCCCGGGGGUCUUAGGCUAAUUAAACCUGCUCGAUGUCUCUCAUCAGUUUAUAACCGAAACAAAAUGAGGAUUUCUUCUCGCGACUGGUUUCUGUUGAUAUUCUCUGGCUUUUGGGGACUGGCAAUGGGUGCUUUCCCGAGCAGCGUUCAGAUCGGCGGUCUGUUCAUCAGAAACACUGAUCAGGAGUACACUGCCUUUCGUUUGGCAAUCUUCCUGCACAACACCAGCCCGAACGCCUCGGAAGCCCCGUUCAACCUGGUGCCUCACGUGGACAACAUCGAAACGGCCAACAGCUUCGCCGUCACCAACGCCUUUUGCUCCCAGUACUCCCGUGGUGUCUUUGCCAUCUUCGGCCUGUACGACAAGCGCUCGGUCCACACGUUGACGUCCUUCUGCAGCGCCCUGCACAUCUCCCUCAUCACGCCCAGCUUCCCCACCGAGGGCGAGAGCCAGUUCACCCUGCAGCUCCGGCCGUCCAUCCGGGGGGCGCUCCUGUCCCUACUCGACCACUACGACUGGAACAAGUUCGUCUUCCUUUAUGACACCGACCGAGGAUACGCCAUCCUGCAGGCCAUCAUGGAGAAGGCAGGACAAAACAACUGGCAGGUCAGCGCCAUCUGCGUCGAAAACUUCAACGAUGCCAGUUACCGACGACUGCUGGAGGAUCUGGACCGGAGACAGGAGAAGAAGUUUGUAAUCGACCUUGAGGCUGAGAGACUGCAGAACAUGCUGGAACAGAUUGUCAGUGUUGGGAAACAUGUCAAAGGCUACCAUUACAUCAUGGCCAACCUGGGUUUUAAGGACAUCAACCUGGAGCGCUUCAUGCAUGGUGGAGCUAACGUGACCGGCUUCCAGCUGGUUGACUUCAGCAACCCCAUGGUCAUCAAAUUGAUGCAGCGCUGGAACAAGCUGGAUCAGAGGGAGUACCCAGGCUCCGACGCCCCACCCAAGUACACCUCAGCGCUGACAUACGAUGGGGUGAUGGUGAUGGCCGAGGCCUUCAGGAACCUGCGCAGGCAGAAGGUGGACAUUUCCAGGCGGGGGAACGCCGGUGACUGUCUCGCCAAUCCCGCUGCCCCGUGGAACCAGGGAAUCGACAUGGAGCGCACUCUCAAACAGGUCCGAUUGCAGGGAUUAACAGGUAAUGUCCAGUUUGACCACUAUGGCCGCAGGGUCAACUACACUAUGGACGUGUUUGAACUGAAGAAUAAUGGACCCAGACGGAUUGGCUACUGGAACGAUGCAGACAAACUGGUGCUGAUCCAGGACUCUCCGCUGCUUCCAAAUGACACUUCUGGCAUGGAGAACCGCACUGUUGUAGUUACUACCAUCAUGCCCCUGAUGAGGAACCCCAUUUUAAGAAACUGAGCCCCAGUUGGACGCAAGCAGGAUAUGAAAGCCCUUAAUGGCAGAGUGAUGGACACAACAACCCAACCAAAAUGAAGCCCUAAAGACACUGGGCGAGAGGAGAGACACGGCACCUAUGUUAAUGGACACCCUGUUCAGAAAACUGAACAAGAAAUGGAGCCACUCAGAGCCAUAAUGGAGCCCCUCGAGAGGAAAAUGAAAUGCAAUUGGAGGGAAAAAGACACUGUCUCUUUUAAGAACGGUGCAUGUGGAUGGACACCCAUUGAGGCUAAAAUGGGUCCCCAGCUCCUAACAGCACAGUGUCUGUUUAUUAGCAUAAACAAGCUCCCACUACACCUGUUUGUGUGUGUUAGAUUCAUGCAUUAUCAUGCCCGGUGUAUUUGUGUGGCCAAUCACAUCUUGAAUCCCAUCCUGGUUUGAAUUUGUAGGUUUAUAAUUUAUGCCAAGAUCUAUGGUUCCUGAACUAUAAAGUGAGGCGGUACCAGAAUGUGAUUAUACAUUGUGUCUAACUGAAUUCCUGUUUGCUCUAAAUCUGUCACCUUCUCCGACUACCUGCUCUACCGUACAGUAUAUUACACACUCAGAGGACUUCCUGUAAGCGUUAAAACAGCUUAGAAAGACUAAUGCUCUCAUAAUCAUCUUAGUUCAUAUCCAUCACGCUUUUAUGCAGCAUGAUAUAGUUACAUUGUGAUGGCUGCCUUUCACUCCUGCUUUAAAUGUUUGUGAGAGUAAUGUUUGUUUAGCAUAAACUUAAUGAAGUGUCUCAGUGUUAUAUUACAUCAAGGCUGCCUCCAUGUCUUAGGAAGUUGAUAUAACAAGGAGUAGUUAUAAAGGAACAGUUCAACAUGUUGGGAAAUACGCUUGUUUGUAAUCAAACAUAGGCUAGUUACCCUCUGGUUUCAGUGUAUGGUUCUGUCUUGGUACUGUAUGCACAGCAGUGAAAUCAGUAUCAAUUUUGUCAUCUGACUGUAGAUUUAAAGGCAAAUAGUAGCUCUUUCCCACUGCAGAAACUUAACAAACCAUACCCUGGGGCUUCUCUUCACUUGAACUUUAAAGAACCUCGUGAGGCUUUUGCACUUGAACAACAACAAAAGAAGUGGCGAUGACAUUGUUAUCGAUUUUCUUUUACGUUUAUGUGAACAUAAGAUAGGAUAAGUUUAAGACAGAGAAUCCAGGGCACAGCUGGGCCCAGGACAAUCUGUUUGGUUGCCUAUAAUGGUGUCCAGAGCUGCAAACCACUUUGUAGUUUUGUGCAUUGUCAUCUUUAUUUUCUACAAUCUUGUUUCGUCUUCUUUUGACCUGCACUGUUUAGCUAUGUGUUGGAUCCCCUAUUCAGCCAGAGGUUUGGUUUGUUGUAGUCAUCCUUGUUUUGAUGUGACGACACACUAGAGUUCUGCACAGGCCUAAAACUAAGACGCAAACUCGGCCUCGACCCUACCCGUGCCUUUCAGACCAGACCCGACCCGACUGAACCAGCCUGGUACUGAAACCCCUGAAAUUUCCUGGAACUUGCAUUUAGCAUCACCUCCUGAGCAGUGCUGAAAUUCUGUUCCAGGAACUUGUCCCUAAAAUGGGCAGAGAACAAAACAAAAGCAGAACCUGUGACAACAACAUUUCAGUUCGUUUGAUUCGUUCUUGGAGUGGACAUUGCAGUGUAUUUCCAAAAAUGCUUGACUUUUGUUUUAAUGUAAAAAAGACAAAAUAGGUAUCAGAGUAGUUGACUCAUUCUGGUGUGCCAAGCUGGAAUGGGCUUAUUACUGCCCCCUGUGGCUACAACUGUGGUUCUCACCCAGUUGUAGAGGGAGUUUUUCCUCUAUUGGCCACAAGGGGCAGCAAUAAAGCCAUUCUGGCGCUUACUUGAAAGGCAAGGACUAAGUGGUUGGUUUGGCAAAUGUAUGUUGGGUAAACUUGUCCACCUUAAAGAGCAGCACACAGCCGCAUCCCUAAGCUUUUCAAUGGGAGACAGUCCAAAAGGGGGCUAGUCAGAUAGUAGCUACGGCUGCUUGUUGGUACUCUGAAAAUGUUGCACUUUUACUUUGGUAAACGUGAAUGAAUAGAUCUGCACGCACGUCAUAAUCUUCUUUUGCCUGGUCGAUUUAAUCUAUAGUGUAUAUACUGUAGCUAUUAUUUGUCUUUAGCUCAAGGCGUUAACAGAGCUCUAUGAUGUCUCAGGCCAUAGCUGCCUGGAGGUUGAUGCUUCAACAGUGAAGCUCCCAUAGACAAGAACAAAGUUUGACUGUCAUCUUAUUGGCAGUAUAAGGCUGAAAGCUUUGAUUAAGUGUGUCUUUGCUUUAAACUCCUCCAUUGCACUUUAAACCUGCCACACUAUCAAUCAGCCAGAGGGCAAGAAGAACAGACAAGGUCCUGCUAUAAUUAUGUUUUUGUUUAUCCUUUGUUCAAGGAAUCUGAGGAAGGAGGACAUGAUGGGAUUUUAUGGAUAGAGACUGUUUUGAUCCCUCGUGACGAUGCAACUACAUAGCUGUUUUGAGAACACAUUGGGCCUCAUGCAAGUAUCUCUCGUACGAAGAGAUUUGCUCUUAAGUGGCAUUUACGAAUGAUUUAAGAAAACUUGUCGCAUUCACCAAUUUCCUCUGAUUUAAAAUUACUUUUACGCACGAACAAAAAUCACUACUGGUCCAUCGAUUGUAUUCUCUUGUCUGUCUCUGUGACUGUAAUGUCCUCUAAGUCAGGGACUGCUUUAGCAAGACGUUUUUUGGCAUCUAACUUCAUGUAAAACCAUUUCUUCUUUGCAUCACAGCUUUGCAAAGACACAGUGUUGUUAGGUGUAGAGAUUUUUUUUUUCAGGUCCCCUAAUACCACCACUGACACUGCUAAAUAUGUUAUGUUUGUGUAUGCUAAAGAGAAACAAAACAUAGCAGUUAUUCUUUGUAAAAAUGAAUUUGGUGAUGUAUACAGCAGUGGUGGUGUUUUUGUGUUCAAUUGUAUUGCUGCAAGUAGCAAGCAGUGACCACUGCAAGUGUACAGGAUGAAUUUGAGGUCAAGGCUCAGCUAUAACAAAACUGGCAUUCAUUAAAUCACCAAGGUGAUUUAAAACCCUUGCCCCACUGCAGCAGCCAGUCAAGUGCACUUCAUGUGAAAAAGCACAGUGCAAAUAUUUUUUCUAUUUGUGCUUUAAACUUGCUGCCCCUUUUCAAUGUCAUACAACCGCAUAAAAUUAAUAAAAAUGUUAUUAGUUCCUUAAGUGGCUACUGAUGACAGAGACCCAGAAAUGAGUCACUUACUGAGAAGCAUUACUCUGUGUUUGCUUCAGAAAAUUACGUUUUUGUUGUCAAGUUAUUGUACAAUAUUGACCAUCAUUUUGCUGCUUAUUACUGCUUCUAUUCAAACAGAAUGUGCCACAGAUUGUUUAUCUUGUAUAAUGUACAAAACACACAAACAAAACCAAACAGGCUGAUUUUAGCAGCCCAGUCUAACAAUUCCGAUGUAGGUGCAUAUGUGUGUGUUUAUGUCUGUACCCUGAUGUACGUAUGUAUGGAUUUGUGACAUCAAGUUGGCCUAUAGAGUGAGUGUGUGUGUGUUUAAUGGCAUGUUAAUUAGUCUCAUUAGGCAGUGAGUGAAGCAGUGUGGUUGGGAUUAUUGACCAGCCUGUCAGCCAUGCUGGCCUUUGCUGUGAAGACCUCUGAAGCACUGCUCUCUUCUCAUGCCAGAAACACUGACUGCAUCCUUUAUCUCUGCCACUCCCUCUGCUCCUCUGGCUGCCAGUACUGUCAUACAACCUGCUAUCAUAAAUCAUAUGGAUUAGGGGUGUUUUCCCUCUGAUACACAUCCAAAGCAUUUGCGAAGAUCAACUUGUAAAUUAAGUCUUGAAUUCCAUUUUUCAGCCAUUGUAAAAUAUAAAGAAUUGUUAGUGGAAGAAAACAUGGUAUUGCUUUACUUGAAGUGGUGCUCAUAGUACAGUUAAAGCCAUCAUGUGUAGAAACGUUUUUUUGUAAAAUAAAGGAGACAAUUCCAGUGAAAAUUA